UGCCAUAUACUUUGUUUUGUGGACUUCUGGUGGUAACCUCGAGCCGAUAGCAUAGGAUCGUAUUAUUGCGCCCUCGUGGGCUUCGUGGUGCGGUGGCCGGGAAGACAAGAUGCCGGUGUUUCUCUUAAGCAUCCGGGCUGAAUUGGAGAACGUGGAAAGCCUGUCAAUUCCUUCAAGUUCCCACUUUUGCCUUGACGUCAAGGAAAGCGCAGGAUCUGAGGAGAAAAAAGGGGUUUACGUCACCUCGACCGAGCAACAUGAGCUGUCGGGCAGCAAAGGAACGGCAAACUUGGUCAUGAAGUUUGCAAAAGGGAGUAAGAAGGAGGCCAGCAUCAACGUGCAGGAAAUCAAGGGCGUUACUCGGCCUUACACAGCCGACGACGAUGGCAAGUUUGUUCCCAUCAUCGCGUUUGAGUGCCGGGGACUGGACCCCAUCGCCUUCCACCCAGAGGGCGACUGGCGCGUCGUUAGUGCGGGAGGAACCAAGUACGACAAUGUGGAUCUCAAAGAGGCCGAGUGGAGCGAUUACUGCGAAAAGGCUGCGGCCAGUGUUGGCAUCUACAAUUUUGAGUCCAAGUUCGAGCUGUACCGCGGCUCCUAAAUAAGCCCUUUCAAGGUUUUUUGUACAGCAAAGCGCCCCGUACAGCAAAGCGCCCCGUACAGCAAAGCACUCGGAGGUCAUACGGCGCCAGUUGCAUGCGCUAUAACUUGCUGCCUGAUGGUCAAUCUUUUAGGGCCCGUUGUCCUGGAUUGCUUGGUUGUGUCGCAAGUUCAUCAACCUACUGGUAAUUUUACCCGUUCUUUGUAGCGUUGUUCGCGAUAACGACAACGUUGUUCCUGCCUUCCCGUGUUUCACUCGGGCUCAAACCAUUGCUAAAGUACAGCACUAGUAGCACUAGUAAGUAAGCGGCUAUUCAUUAUCGGAGGCCAUCACAGCACCAGACGACGGGCAUGAAAGCAGGUUUCGGAAUGCCGUACACAUGUACGGGGGCAUCGGGGACUUUGCCUUUUAGAUGAUGUUGGAUUUAAAGGCAUCCCUCUUGGAGUGAAGGUAUCAGCAGCAGCUGCCACAGACGUUCACUGCUUUUGCAUAUGUGUGUGUAUGGCCGCGACCCGUACGUAACAUGAGACUGUGAGAGCAAAUGUAAGUGAAGGACCUC